AUGUGGGUGAAUUGCAUUUUAAAGUCUGGGUUGCUUUGUGUCACUCUGUCUCUUGUUAUUGCCAAGCACAAGCAAUCUCAAUCUCGCUUCUCCAAAAGUUGUCACUCAAGGGACUCACUAUCCCAAGCUGUUGACACCCUCUAUGUCAAGGCUGCUGGACUCAAGGCAACCAUUCCAGAAGACCACAUUAAAAAUAUACGAUUGUUAAAAAAGAAAACGAAAAAGCUAUUUAUGAAGAACUGCAGAUUCCAGAAACAGCUUCUGUCCUUCUUCAUGGAAGAUGUUUUUGGUCAACUCCAAUUACAAAUUUGCAAAGAAAUACAAUUUGUGGAAGACUUUCAUAGCCUUAGGCAGAAAUUGAGCCACUGUAUUUCCUGUGUUUCAUCAACUAGAGAGAUGAAAUCUAUUUCCAGGAUGAAAAGAACAUUUUAUGGGAUUGGACACAAAGGAAUCUAUAAAGCCAUCAGUGAACUGGAUAUUCUUCUGUCCUGGAUUAAAGAACUCUUGGAAAACAUUCAUAAAUCAAGAAGCCAAGAACAUUGA